AUAUUAUAUUUUUAGUUAAAUUUCAUUAAAAUUUUUAAAUAUAUGUGUUAAUUUAGAUUGAAGGAAUGAAACUGAUAGUACGCUGGUUAUUGGGAUUAAAAACUGCCACUCAUUCUGCAAUGUCUACGUUACGUCUUUUAAGUACUGUUAUUAAUCAUAAUGGAGAUCUUAUGGAAAAGGAACAUGUUUCUCCAAUGGAAAAAUCAUGGUUACGACUAACAGCAGCUGCUUGCAUGUUAAAAUUAUGUCAAGAACCAAGUUAUGCUGAAACAAUAACUUUAGAACAAUUUUUGGUUUUAGCAGCAGUUUUAAAU